GGCGGUGCCGCCGCGUUACAAGAAGCCGCGCAGUUCCAGGAACCCGAGGGCGGGCGUUGCGCCUGCUAUAAGAGGCCGCCCCGGGCCGCCUCGGCAGCUUCGCCGCCGCUCACCGGCUCCGCUCUGCCGCCAGGACCGGCUCCCGCGCCCCAGGUGAUGGUGUAGCAGCGGCUGCUGCUGGCAGCAGCAUCCAGAGCACACGAAGCUGGCUCCCUGCGCCAUGGUCACCCACAGCAAGUUCCCCUCCGCCGGGAUGAGCCGCCCCCUCGACACCAGCCUGCGUCUCAAGACGUUCAGCUCCAAGAGCGAGUACCAGCUGGUGGUGAACACCGUACGCAAGCUGCAGGAGAGCGGCUUCUACUGGAGCACGGUGACAGGUGGUGAGGCCAACCUGCUGCUGAGCACCGAGCCGGCUGGCACCUUCCUCAUCAGGGACAGCUCCGACCAGAGGCAUUUCUUCACCCUCAGCGUCAAGACGGAGUCGGGCACCAAGAACCUGCGCAUCCAGUGCGAGGGCGGCAGCUUCUCCCUGCAGAGUGAUCCCCACAGCAGCCAGCCCGUGCCCCGCUUUGACUGCGUGCUCAAGCUGGUCCAUCACUACAUGCCACCCACACCCUGCACUGUCCCUGAGCAGCCUGGGGGGGCCCUGCACCCCAAGCGCACCUACUACAUCUACUCAGGCGGCGAGAAGAUCCCCCUGGUGCUGAGCCGCCCGCUCUCCUCUAGUGUCUCCACCCUGCAGCACCUCUGCCGCAAGACCGUCAACGGGCACCUGGACUCCUACGAGAAGAUGACUCAGCUGCCGGCCCCCAUCAAGGAGUUCCUGGACCAGUACGAUGCCCCUCUCUAAGGAGCCAGCGGAGCAAGGUCACAUGCUACAAGCACAAGAACAGGGGACAGGCACAAUGCCCCACUGGCACAGGAGCUGGCAGGGCAUGCCGAGCCUCUCCAUCCGGGAAGGAGAGAGGGGGGAACUGGGGCAAGCUGCCAUGGGCUCAGGGCUGUGGCCAGCAUAGCUGGGCACCCUCGGUGCUGGGGGGACUCCUCAAGUAAGUGUGACGCCUCCUCUCCACGGGGAAGGAGAUGGCUCCGACCAGACUGUGGAUGCUACCGUGAAGCCAUUGGCAAAGCCCCCGUGGGCUUGGGCAGCUAGGACAGCUCCCACAGCAUGGGGAAACAUGCCAGCCCCAUCGUGGGGAUGUCCUGGCGAUAGUCCCUUCCACCCCCAGAAAUGGAAAGCACUGGAGCCCAGGAGUGCCUGAUCACUUUUCCUCAGUUUUAAGGGGAAGGUGUUUUUUGCCCAUACUGUACCUCUUGCUGCCUCCUUGUGGGUGAAAGCUCCUUUCACACCAAGCCCCAGGCUAAGACGUCUUUGCCCCGCAUUGCCAUUUUCCAGGGGACUAAGCCUUAAUAUCCUCCCUGCCCCGCGGUCUGGGUGAGCGCACGUCCAUCGGAGACGCUGCGCAGGGACGGUCCUGCUGAUGUGCAGUGAAGCUGGAGGGGAAGCGCCGCGUCCCGAUGCUGCUGAGUCCCACACAACCGCAUCUGCAAGGAUCACCCCGAGGACGAGGACGCGGGGCCCUUACUCCCUACAGUCACACCCCACCUCUGCCCAGCCACUCCCGCAGACCCCGCCUGUGCUGCUCUGUAGGGCACCAAUUCCUGCAGGAACGCAGCAGGAUGAUCCCCUGGAGCGUGUCAUCUCGUGAGUGCUUUUCUGCGUCCGCCCAGAGAAGUGGUUGGGUUUUCUGGCUUUUUUUAAUUUUUAUUCUUAUUUUUUUAACCGAAGGGAUGUUUACAGGCCAACGUGAAUCACUGUCUUUUAUAAAGAUUCCAUCUUCACCUCCAGCCUUGAGGGCUGAGCAAAACAAUGCUUGAAAAUUCAACCAAAACCAAACUCAGAUGAAACUUUGCACAUAUUUAUAUUUAUAUUCAGAAAGAAAACGUUUCCAUAAUUUAUAAUAAAGAGCACUA